AUGAAGUUUCUCCCACUGCCAGAGUUCGAGGACGUAACCAGUUCUCUGAAUUUCGAUACAACCGACUGCCACAUCACCGGCGGCUGUGAUAUUUACACCACCAAGGCGGCACGCUCCGAUCGGAAACUCUACAACCAUAUCGAGCAGUCGCUGGAGGCUCAAUAUGAAUCCGUGCUUCGAUUUUCAGCUUCACUUUCACCUCCAAAUGCACACGAUGCCGCCGAGACCCUGAAUCUAUCGCGAUCAAGUCCGUUCGGACCCCUGAGCGACCAUUCGAGCCGACGGACAUUCGCCUAUUUGAUCGCCACUUUGAACGCCAGUCACCCAGAUUACGACUUUUCACAAGUCCUGCGCCCGACUGAUUUCCGGCGGGAACGGAACUUGAAGCGUGUCAUGAACACACAGGAUCAUCUUCUGCGUGGGGCCCCCCGGGUAUGGAAAACAAUAGAUGAGCACAUGUCGCUUAAGGAGUGCUCUAUCUAUUCAUAUUCGCCCGAGGAGGACCCGUCCGACGCCGAUGAUGGGGCUAUCUGGAGUCUACAUUAUUUCUUCUUCAAUCCGAUUCGCAAGCGCGUCUGCUACAUCUUCCUCCGCGCGAUCCCAAUCCUCAGCCACACCCCCGACGAGAUGGCCACUACACCUACUGGGAAGCGGACAUACGACGAGGGAUACCUUACGCCGGAUCUUAGCUCUAGCAAGCGUGCUAAGUUUUGGUUUGGAGAACGGGCUAGAUCAUCUCUUAUCGCCAGCGAUAGUGAUGAUGAGAUGGAUCGCCCUCCAAAGACGAUUCGCACCGGAGUGGACGAAUAUGACCCGUACGUGAUCAGUGACGACGACGAGCAUCUUCCAAAUGCCCGCCGCGGAGUCCGUGCCAUGAGUGAGGAAAUUGCAGCCUCCAUGGAAGUCUAA